AUGGUUGCCAAAGAGUGGCUAAAGCGGGUGAUAGCUACUUUCGACGACAUGGUUCUAGAAGAAGACCUGAGGCUCAAGGUUGCUACGAGGUUACUUGAGGGCAGAGCCAGAGUUUGGUGGGAAAGUCUGAAAGGUCGUUCCCGUGUUGUUUUGAGUUGGUCAGAUUUUCAGAGGGAGUUUGACGAGGAGUACUACACCCGUUUCCAUAGAGACCAGAAAAGGCAGGAGUUCAUGCAGUUGAACCAGGGUAGCAGAUCUGUGACAGAGUAUGAGACAGAAUUAAAGGACCUAGCAAACUUUGUACCAGAACUGGUAGGUUCUGAGGAAGUCCUGUGUUCGAAGUUCGAGGCCGGACUGAACCUCAGUGUCCGGGAGAGGAUGGCAGUCACAGGAAACCAGAGUUUUAAGGAAGUAGUGCAGUUGGCCCUUCGAGCAGAAAAGUUGGUCCUGGAAGGCAGACGAAUCCGUGAAAGCAUCAGUAAGAGGAGAGGUGCAGAAAUGAGUCAAUCCUCAAAGAAGAGCAGAGGUGAGAGUUCAUCUAGUGGUGCACCUUCAGUUGGUUUCUUCAGGGUUCCACCGGCCCAGACCAGCGGGCAGCAGAGUUCACUACCUUGA